GAGAGUGAAUUCGUGGACGGUGAGACUGUGCGCGCUCUGGACUUGUUCACAACGCGAGUAAACGGAGCACAGCGGCACUGUGGAGGUCCAUUAUAGUCAUUGCAUUGGAUUUCUAACUGGCCGUUUCAAUGCGUGGCCGAGCGCACACGGGGGGAACUUUUCCACCACCAUGAGGAUCCACUGCAAAAUCCUGACGAUCGCGCUGUGCCUCGGAGUUUUCCUACUUUUGUACUUUUUCGGGGGGAACACGGCGGACGAUCCCCCGCCGCCUCCACCGCCACCACCGCUGCUCAGGCACACUGCCGAAGACCGCAAACUUCCCAGUUUUCCAGCUGCGUCUGCACUCGGGAAAAUAGUUUCGCUAAAAGUCGGAAAGCCUCCCGAAGCUCCAAAACAGAUCCGGAGAGAAAACUCCAGAGGAGGCAAUGCCAGCGCCAAGCUUCGGAAGAAGAGUGAGCAUGGCCAGUCUGGGUUGAAGCUCCCUCAGGGGGAGGACGUUAUGCACCUUGCUGUGGUUGCUUGUGGAAACCGACUGGAGGAAACUCUUACCAUGGUUAAAUCAGCACUGCUAUUCAGCAUCAAGAAGAUAAGGUUUCACAUCUUUGCAGAAGAGGAGCUGAAAGAACAGUUUGAGAAAGAGCUGAGCCGCUGGCCACGGCCGCUCUCCUCCAAACUCCAGUACACUCUUUACCCGAUCACCUUUUCCGUGGGUAAUGCUGAGGAAUGGAAGAAGCUCUUCAAGCCAUGUGCUGCCCAGAGACUCUUCCUUCCAGUCAUCCUUAAAGAUGUCGACUCGCUGCUGUACGUGGACACAGAUGUCCUCUUUCUCCGACCAAUGGAUGACAUCUGGAAAUUCCUAAAGGCCUUCAACAGCACUCAGUUGGCAGCCAUGGCCCCUGAACACGAGAUCCCCAAAAUCGGCUGGUACAGUCGCUUUGCGAGGCAUCCGUUCUACGGGGUCACAGGGGUCAACUCUGGUGUCAUGCUGAUGAACCUCACACGCAUUCGCAGCACUUUGUUUAAGAACAGCAUGAUCGCUAGCGGCCUGUCAUGGGAGGACUUGCUUCAUCCACUCUACCAAAAAUACAAGAAUCACAUCACAUGGGGGGACCAGGACCUCCUUAAUAUUAUUUUCCACUAUAAUCCAGAAUGCCUAUAUACAUUUCCGUGCCAGUGGAACUACAGGCCUGAUCACUGCAUGUAUGGCAGCAACUGCAAGGGGGCAGAGGAAGAGGGUGUAUCCAUUCUCCAUGGCAACCGUGGCGUUUACCACGACGACAAGCAGCCGGCUUUUAAAGUGGUGUAUGAUUCUAUACAUGAUUAUCCUGUUGAAGAAAACCUGUUCCAGUCCUUGUUUUAUCCUCUCCAGACCAAAUUCUUGGACACGGUCAACACGCUAUGUGGCAGAGUUCCUCAGGUGUUCCUAAAGCAGAUCGAGAAGACCAUGAAGGCCGUGUUUGAGCAAAAAGUGGUUCGCCACGCACGCCUGCCACGCAGACAACGUCGCUGAACUAGAGUGUAUGCAGUUGAUCGAUGACAAGGAGAAGAGCUGAUUCUCCAAAUCCAGUGGUGUCUUUUUUUUUUUUUUUUUUUCUUCCUUUUUUUAUGGAUCAUGUGCAAUACCAAGAACUCUGUGUGGUUCCCUGACCAGUGUUCUUUAUCUGGGAAGGAUGAUGCAGAGCUUUUUGGAUAGACUGGGGUUUUCAGCAGUGGUUAUUAUGGAUUAAAUGGCAGCUUGGUACCUGAUGAAGGGCGUUGCUCUUAAAAGAACUGAACCACUCAAGAGUAAGAGUAUUUGGGGGUAAAAAGGACAGUCCAAAUGGUUACCUAGUAACCUAGUAAAUGUUGAAUGAGUUUAGCAGGAUUUCUUUUUCGAGAAGAUGGUGAUAAAAUAGAAACAUGUUCCUCUUACACAGUGUAACAGAGCGACAGAUUGCACACUCCGUUAUUAGUUUUUACUCUUGUUGCAAAGAAUAUAAAGAUAACUGCUUAGCACAAGCUUGGCAAACACAAAGACCUCAAAAUGCAACAGACUGUGGGGUCAGACAGAGGCAAGAGACGGGUGGUAUAGCACUUGAAUGUGCAAUGUUCCUAUUCAGUGAUAAUGUUUUAGAAUCAAGCAAAUGCCAGUUGGUGUUGCCUGGAGGCAGCAUUGUAGAACUGGGUGAUUUUAUUGCCUGAUAAUGGCCUACUUUUAUUCAUUUUAGUAGUCACAUUGUGUUUGCCAUUUACCACAUGAACUAAAAUCCUGGUAAUAUACACCAAGUCUACAAACAGCAUUGCUCAUGCCUUAAACCGUAAAUAAUGUGAAAUCGUUAUACUGUACUAUGAUUAUAAUAUGGUACAGACUCAGCAGAAAAGCCCAUGACAGUAAUAUAAUAUAACUAAAAAUACAAUAUUGUCUGGGGUUUUUUUAACAGCAACCAAAAAAAAAGACCCUCCAUGUUUUCACCUGAAAUGCAUGCUUUUCAAAUUGGACAAGACACAGAUUUGACCUCACGUGCGCUUUUACGAGGCAUAAAAUGUGGCAGUGAAAUUGCUUUUGGAAACUAAUAUACCGCUAAUGCGGCAGCACUAUUACAAGACAUUUGCGCUAUUAUUUCCAUCUUGUGGCAAGAACCGAUAAAGAACAAAAAAAUAUAUAUAUAUCAGUCUUCUGAGUCGCUCCGGAGUGAUUUUCUGCUCUGUGCCCUUUUCAAGGUUGUGUGAUGUUCUGCACAGGCUCACUGAUCAUUAAUCAUCAUUCCCCUGAAAUGUGCUGCAUUUAUAAUAUGUGGAUCGUUGUCUACGUGGCACGUGUCUCUUCAAGUCAAGAUUCUAUUGAACAUUUCUGAUGUGUUCUUGUGGGUUAUGUAUAUGGGUAAAUCAUUUAUUUUAUAUUAAAUCCAUUUUAGGGAGUACAUUAAUUACUUAUUCCUAAUUCUAACAGUAACAUGAGGUUGGUUUUAAUGCUUGCGGUCCCAGUAGAUGCCUGAUGGAGGAAACGAUUUCCCUUAAUAAUGUUUAUAAUUAACACGAGAUUUUCCAUUUCUUUGUGAAAUUCCUCAUGAUUUUCUUGCAUUGAAAUGUUGGUCUGUUUUCAUUUUAGCCAAAGGUUUUAGUACCUUACCCACAAUGCCAUUUUGGUUGCCCUUUGAUUGUGGUGCAGUAAGAUUUGUGCUUUGUGGUUUACCUCAUAACAACGCCAUUUUAAAACUCGGUACAUUCAACAUAUACGAAGUCAGGUUGCCAUGUUCUUCUUUUGUAAGCAACACGCUAGCCAUAUAACUGAGUGAGGUGUAUUUUCUUUUUCAGAACAGCAAACUGUGUAGUCAGUGUUUGAGAUUUAUCAAAUUUGUCUGUAUGUUUAAUCUAAAGAAAAUUCAUACAGCAUCAUUCGAUUAAAGAUAAGCAGUGCUAUUUUGUUUACUUGUGAUGUUGAGCCGAGCCAUGUGGAGUCGACGUCAUGGCACAAACCGGAAAGGAAAUCAUAGUUGUAAAGAUUACCUUGAGUUCAUCGAGUAGGUGGGUUUUUUUAUUUUGUUGUUUUUGCUUUUUUUUUUUUUUUUGUAUUUUCCUGAUUGGGGGUUUGAAAAUUCUCACGUCUCGUGUAUUUGCCUAUGCUUUAUCUAAAGAGAGAUGAAUGCUAGACAGUUAAAACAGCUCUGGGGCAGCAGGUUUUUUUUAGUCAAGUGUUCUAGCCUUGUCAAAGGUAUAACUAAGAAUACAGUACCAAUACAUUUCACCCUACAUGCUAACCGUAUCAGAUGUUUAAAAGGUUAAAUGUGUUUCAGGGAAUUUUAGAAAGAGUUUUAAAAAUAAAAACACAUUUAAAUUUUUUUA